ACCGCAAGGGGUUUCUAGAGUCAGUUGACAUCGUCGACUCUAGUGAGGCGCGCCGGAGGCGACACGCAGACGUAAUUUUUGGGGAACUUUGGUCCUUUCCCACCCCUCUCCACUUCGUCGAAAAGGGAUAAUAGCGCGAACGUAGAGUUUAUGUUACUAACAUUCGUUGCAAAAACAUGCUGGAUCCCUGGUUUUAUCAUUGGUUCUUUUUUACUUGGUGGUCCGUUAGGUAAUUGAAUUGGCAGCUGGAUUAUUUUUUGCAACGCUGCUUGCUGGCCAAAAUUAAGUUAAUUAAGCUUUCCAGGGACUUAAGAUCCAGCGAUAUUUCAUUGGACCAGUUUGUAAAACGAAGUAAAAUCGUCGUUUGAAUCAGUCCGAUGCCCAGCUAACUAGACUAUAGCUAGUCAGCCGGGGCUUGCUGCGCCCAGCCGGGCGAAGAUUGACGCUGCACGGUGUCACCCAACUGAAGAGGAUCGAGUUUAUUAGGCGACAAUGCUUGAAAUAAUGUCCGAACACCAAGAUUCAUUACUAAAGUGCAAAGCAGAGACUCUGCCAUCAGAGAGACGAAAGAGGACAGUGGAAGACUUCAACAAGUUUUGCAGUUUUGUUCUUGCAUAUGCUGGUUACAUCCCUUCUCCAAAGGAGGAAAGGCCAUGGUCGCCAGCUUCCUCCAGUUCUCCAAACAGCUCUGGUGCUUCAGGUGAAGGCAGCGUUUUAGGUGGAGCGAGUUCUAACAUGGCUCCCAACUGGAGUCAUGGCACGUCGGACUUGCACACUAUCCACACAUUCGUUCGCAAGGCACGUGCCAAUAAGAGCAACAAGAGCAUGCGGCGGCUGUCGUCGGACAGCUCCCUGAUGGACAAAAUGUGUUUAAAAGACUCUUUCUAUGAGGGGCAGGUGGCCAGCAAAGCUGAGCGCAAAAAGGACAAGAAGCUGAAGCGUCUUUCGCUCGGUUCAGGCGCUGGUGACAGCAGCAGCAGUGGUGGCGAGAAGCGUGCAAGGAUCAAGCGCAGUAAAAACCCCAAACAGUCCAAAGCCCUUAAGAAGCUUAAGAGCUCGGCCCACAGCGAGACCGAGUCAGAGAAUGGUCUCGGGCAUGGAGAGGAGCAUUUGGACCAGGGAGCAGCGGCUGAGCGCAGACUACAGGCCCAGGUGAAAGAAGAAAAGGAGGAAGCCACCAGAGAGGCAGAUAUGAGUUCCAGUGAGGGAGAGACUUGGAUAGCGGAUGAAGACAUUAUGGUGGAGUCAGGGGAUGAUUCGUGGGAUUUGAUCACCUGUUACUGCGGUAAACCUUUUGCAGGACGGCCCAUGAUUGAAUGCAGUCAGUGCAGCGUGUGGGUGCACCUCUCUUGCGCCAAAAUUAAGAAGUCUAACGUGCCCGACAUAUUUAACUGCCACAAAUGCAGAGACCCUCGACGGUCAAGUCAUAAAAAAGACACUUAGAUAAGAGUGAUCAUUCCCUCAAACCUUUGAAUGUUCCCAGUUCUCCAGUUUUUGUAUCCAAAACCAUUUUCAGUUUCAAAAUACAUUUUUCUUCUCUUUCUAGUUACUCCUUACAUGUUUUACAGUCAAUAGUCUCCAUUACAGAGUUCACUGAGAAAUAAUGUUUGAAAUGAUCUCUUACCUCCCGAGUUGGUAAUUGAUCUUGAUUCAUUUGUAACUAUUUCAGAGAUGCUUAAACUAUCCUUUGUCACAUCAAAUUGUCAUGUGUUUAAAAUAAGCAGCUUGCAUAUUUAGUAAGUGGCACUAUUUUACUUUGUUGGAAAAGUUAGAGAACACAGCCACACUACAUUUUCACAGAUGUAUAUUAUAUUGGUUACUUUGGUACUACAAGAGUCUAUUUAAAAGUAAACAAACACAAAACAUAACAAACAAACAAAAAUAAAUAUAUAUAUAUAUAUAUAUAUAUAUAUAUAUAUAUAUAUAUAUAAAAACUA